ACGGGGAACAUUAUGGGAACACGGUACUCGGGAAUGGGAUCGGUGUCCUACGGGGAACAUUAUGGGAACACGGUACUCGGGAAUGGGAUCGGUGUCCUACGGGGAACAUUAUGGGAAUACGGUACUCGGAAAUGGGAUCGGUGUCCUAUGGGGAACAUUAUGGGAACUAGGCCGCUGUAGAAAACAAGAAACUCAGAAUUACUGUUGCUUUCUGUAACAAUCAACAGGGUAUAUUGUAUGUAGGCUAUUAUGUAAACGCAUCAGGUCAGAAAAUGAGGUGCAUAAUGUGGCUAGACGACAUUCAACAGCUAUACCGUAACUACAGGCCUACUGUAUGUGAGGGGGGAUUCAUGUGAAAUGUUACAGUAUAAAUUGGACGCAUUUUUUGCUGACGGCAUGCUUUUUCAGUUGAGUAAGAGGUACCGCAGGGGGAGCGGACUACCCCUGUCACAUGGUCUGUUUAUUUGUCUGUCUGUGCGGCGAGACACUUUCUGUCACGCGAUUCAUAAGCUUUUCAGGCGACUUCGGCGUUUAAAACAGUCAUGUCUGUGAAGGUGGAGUGUGUGGUGAAAGAGAGGUGUGAGAUCGGAGAAGGGCCAGUGUGGGAGGAGAAAGAAGGAACUCUGCUCUUUGUGGACAUAUCCGGACAGAAGAUCCACCGCUGGAACCCAGCAACCAAUCAGAAAGAGACAGUGGCCACAGAGAAGUUUGUGGGCUGUGCGGUCCCUCGGCGGUCUGGAGGCUAUGUGAUCGGAGAGGGACGGAGUUUUGGAGCGCUGGACUGGGAGUCCAAGUCCAUCUCCACCAUCGCUGUCAUCGAUGAAGACAAACCCAACAACCGCUUUAAUGAUGGCAAGGUGGACCCUGCUGGACGCCUCUUUGCAGGUACCAUGGCGGUGGAGGAACGUCCUACAGUUCUAGAGCUGAAGCAGGGUUCUCUGUUCUCCCUGAACAAGGACCACAUUGUAGUCAAACAUUUCAAUCAGGUGGACAUCUCAAACGGUCUGGACUGGUCUCUGGACCACAAAACCUUCUACUACAUAGACAGCCUCACCUACACUGUGGAAGCCUUCAACUAUGACAUCAACACCGGGAGUAUCAGUAACCGGCGGAUGGUGUAUAAGAUGGAGGAGGGGGAGGGGAUUCCUGAUGGCAUGUGUAUUGACGCAGACGGUAGACUCUGGGUCGCCUGCUACAAUGGAGGCAGAGUGAUUCAGAUUGACCCACAGACAGGGGUGCGUUUGCAGACAGUGAAGCUACCAGUGGAUAAGACAACAUCAUGUUGUUUCGGGGGUAUAGACUAUUCAGACCUGUACGUGACCUCAGCCUGCAAGGGAAUGGAUGAGGCAGACCUGGCCAAGCAACCACAGGCAGGCUUUGUCUUUAGGAUCACAGGCCUGGGUGCAAAGGGCAUUCCUGCAAAUUCAUUCACUGGAUGAGUGACACAAUGGAAACACUGAAAACCGGAAACCGGCCCUUGUCAAUCAUGCCAUGAUGAUCAGCCAGUUACUCGGCUGCACAACUGAACUGCGCCCACUGACCACUAAUCUCACUAAUAAAAUAAUAUGACUUUAUGAUUUUAAGCAAAACUCAACACGCCUCAGUUAUAGUUACUGUACUUAAUGUAUUAGUAGGCUAUUGUACAUAUUCUGUCCAAUAAAAAAGCUAAAAUUGA